CAGGACCGAAGCCAUCCAUCACCCUUCGCAUUCACCGUGUCGCGCGUGGGGGAAGGAGAAGACGAGCACACAACCCACCAUCAUCACCAUAUAAAACACCACAGCAAGCCUUCCAGAAUAAAGAAGAAAGUCUUCGCUUUCCACCGCCCCCUUCCCUCUUCCCCCGAUCCGACCCAAACCCAACAUGCCUUCUCAAAUCCGACCACCUCCGUCGCCGCCGCCGCUUCUUCCUCUUCCCAUCCCUCUCCUUUUCCUUGUCCUGCUAUUCUCCAUCGCCGCCGUUAGCUUCGCUUCCGAUUACGCCUGCCAGGAACUCUCAACGAGCUGUGGCAGCGUAACCAACAUCACCUACCCGUUCUGGCUCGCUAAUGAUACGGAUGAGCUUUUCACCCACUGCGGCUACCAAGACUUCAAGGUGAUUUGCCGAGACAACACGCCGAUUCUCAGCCUUGCCACCGAUAACUACACGGUCACCCACAUCGACUACGGCCACCGUAUCAUCUCCCUCGCCGACGACGACAUCGUCAGCAGUGUGGAUGCCUGUCCCAGAGUCCGCCACAACCUCACCGUUCUAACCAAUUCCUCUCUGGCCUACGCUCCCUCCGACGCCAAUCUCACCUUCUUCUUCAACUGCAGCGACGGCCUCACCGAAUACAUGAGUCCCUGCCUUGGAAAGAAAUCUUUUGUUCUCACAGACGAGAUGAUCGAGAACAAUUCCUUCGUUCCUCACAACUGCGAAGCCGUCAUCGUGGCUCCGGUCCUGCAGGAAUAUCUGAAGUCUUAUCAGUAUGAACUCGCGAACGGGUUCAGAGAGGUGUUGCACGAAGGAUUCGAAUUGAACUGGUCGGCGUCCACCAACACUGCCUGCAGCCACUGCGAGCAAUCCGGUGGGUGGUGUGGGUUGAACAAGACCAGUAGUACGACUUCGGUUUUCGCCUGCUUCUGCUCCGACGGAAGAAUAGAAUCGUACAAUUGUUCAGGAAAGAGCAAGAGUAAACUGAAACAUGGAAUUAUAAUAGGUAUUGUAGCAUCAGCUGGUUUCUUCGUCCUACUUUGUGUUGGCUUUAUCUACUACAGGCACAAGAAGAAGCAAGGAAACUCCCCUUCCUCCAAAUCCCUUGUGCAGAACCUCUCUUCCAUGUCAUCUUCUAAAGACCCCGAGAAGGGCAGCAGCGCCCAUUUCCAGACCCAUCUCUUCUCCUAUGAAGAACUAGAGCAGGCCACCAACCACUUCGACGAAUCCGAAGAACUCGGUGAUGGAGGCUUUGGCACUGUCUACAAAGGAAAGCUUCGAGAUGGGCGUAUUGUUGCAGUCAAGCGGCUAUACGAGAACAACUACAGACGAGUCGAGCAGUUCAGGAAUGAGAUCGAUAUCCUAUCCCGCCUUCGUCAUCCGAACCUUGUCAACCUCUAUGGCUGCACCUCUCGCAGCGAACGUGAGCUCCUCCUCGUGUACGAGUUCGUGCAAAAUGGCACGGUGGCGGAUCACCUCCAUGGAUCCCGGGCUAGCGAGGGGAUUCUUACAUGGCCUGUGCGUCUUAACAUCGCCGUCGAGACGGCAGACGCUCUGGCCUACCUUCAUGCCGUCAACCCACCGAUCAUCCACCGCGAUGUCAAGACCAGCAACAUCCUGCUCGACAGCUGCUUCAACGUGAAAGUCGCAGAUUUUGGGCUCUCGCGUCUCUUCCCCACCGACGUCACGCACAUCUCCACCGCUCCACAGGGCACACCAGGGUACUUGGACCCGGAGUACCACCAGUGCUACCAGCUCACCGACAAGAGCGAUGUUUAUAGCUUCGGAGUUGUAUUGGUGGAACUCAUAUCCUCCAAACCUGCUGUCGACAUUACCCGGCACCGAAAGGACAUCAACUUGGCGAACAUGGCAGUGGACAGGAUCCAGAAUGGCGAGCUCGACCAGUUGGUGGACGAAGGCCUCGGAUACCAAUCGGAUGAAGCGAUAAGGAAGAUGAUCACCAUGGUAGCAGAGGUGGCAUUCAGGUGCUUGCAGAAGGAUGGGGAGAUGAGGCCACCGGUGAAGGAGGUCCUCGACACACUGAAAGCAAUACAGAGUGAGGGGUACAAGGUGGCCAAGGAAGGAAAGGAUGGUGCAGACAAUGGAGACGAUGCCGGAUUACUGAAGAAUAUUGCACCAAUGUCACCUGAUUCAGUCAUGAACAGGUGGGUGAGUAGGUAUACUACGCCAAACACCAGCGAGUGAUCACUAGUUUCUGAAUGCCUACUAAUGUCAACACACAAUGAUACUUCUUCUGUUUCUGUCUCUUUGUAUGUGUUUCAGUGAUGUGUUUGCUUGAGGGAAUGUACAUAGUUUGAUAGAGUUUCUCUAUGUUUUACUUGUUUGGAUGUUUUAGUGUAGAAUCUGAUACCAUUAUGGCAA